AGUGGCCACUUCACACAUACAUGCAUGUAUACCGUGCUGUCUAUACAAAGAGGACGGUCAGCGGAGCGGAGUGGCGGUGCUGAGCAGAGCCGUGUGUGGGAAUCCAGGGGACCCUUUGGAAGACAAGGCAAAGGCACAAGUGAGCCGAUGAAUCCACAAGGAGGAAAGGCCUUUAAGGCAUUGAAGGUCCAGCAGGAGGAACUGUUAGAUUCCAUCAACAAGGAAUUCUUGGAGAGCCCAAAAUACAACACGGAUGAAGACCUCGCUGAAAAACUAGAGCUAUUUAAAAAGAAGUACAUGGAAUUUGAUCUCAACGCACAAGGUGAUAUAGAUAUCAUGGCUCUGAAGCGGAUGUUGGAAAAGUUGGGUGCAGCCAAGACCCACCUAGAACUGAAAAAAAUGAUCACUGAGGCCACAGGAGGGAUGCGAGAAACCAUCAACUACCAUGACUUUGUCGCUGUGAUGCUGGGAAAGCGAUCAGCUAUCCUUAAAAUAAUUCUAAUGUACGAAAAAAUGACAGAGAAGGAAGAGCUUCCAACUGGUCCUGCUCCAAAGAAAACGGUGGGAGAGCUUCCUUAACCCUCCCCAAGAAGAGAACAAAGAAGAAUCAUAUAUUAUCACACUCACACGCACGCACACACACAGACUAUACAGGUAGUCCUCGACUUCCAACACUUCAUUUAGUGACCAUUCAAAGUUACAGUGGCACUGAAACAAGCGACCUAUGAUCGUUUUUCCCACUUAACGACCAUUGCAGCAUCCCCAGGGUCACGUGAUCAAAAUUCAGACGCUUGGCAACUGACUCGU